UCCUACAACUCCCACAAGCCCCCUCGGUCCUGGGCCGCGGCCCGGCCCGGGGUGGAGGUGGAGGCGGAGGCGCGGGAGUUAUGGAGGGGGCGGGCUCUGCAGGGAAGUGCGUCAGAGGAGGCGCGGGGAGAGUAGGGUGCUGUGGUUUGAGCUAGAGGGUGAAGCUGGCGGAGCAAGACGAUGGGCGUAUGCAGGUGAUAGACUAGAGAACAAGACCUCUGUCUCCGUAGCAUCCUGGAGCAGUCUGAAUGCCAGAAUGGAUAACCGUUUUGCUACAGCGUUUGUAAUUGCUUGUGUGCUUAGCCUCAUUUCUACCAUCUACAUGGCAGCCUCUAUUGGCACCGACUUCUGGUAUGAAUAUCGAAGUCCAGUUCAAGAAAAUUCCAGUGAUUUGAACAAAAGCCUCUGGGAAGACUUUAUUAGUGAUGAGGCAGAUGAAAAGACUUAUAAUGAUGCACUUUUCCGAUAUAACGGCACAGUGGGAUUGUGGCGACGGUGUAUCACCAUACCCAAAAACACGCAUUGGUAUAGCCCACCAGAAAGAACAGAGUCAUUUGAUGUUGUUACAAAAUGCAUGAGUUUCACACUAAAUGAGCAGUUCAUGGAGAAAUUUGUUGAUCCCGGAAACCACAACAGUGGAAUUGAUCUACUUCGGACCUAUCUGUGGCGUUGCCAGUUCCUGUUACCUUUUGUCAGUCUAGGUUUGAUGUGCUUUGGGGCUCUGAUUGGACUCUGUGCCUGUAUCUGCCGAAGCUUGUAUCCCACCAUUGCCACAGGCAUUCUCCAUCUCCUUGCAGGUCUGUGUACAUUGGGCUCAGUCAGUUGUUACGUUGCUGGAAUUGAACUACUCCACCAGAAACUGGAGCUCCCUGAAAAUGUAACCGGUGAAUUUGGAUGGUCCUUCUGCCUGGCUUGUGUCUCGGCUCCCUUACAGGUCAUGGCUUCUGCUCUCUUCAUCUGGGCUGCCCACACCAACCGGAAGGAGUACACCUUAAUGAAAGCGUAUCGUGUGGCAUGAGUGAGAAGCUCCCUGCUUUAAAAUUGCCAUUUUUAUUAUUUUUAAAUUGGAUAUAUUUCCUUGCGUCCCUCCCAGUUGUUUUUCAUUUGAAUUUUUUUGUGGAUAUACCAUUUUAUCCUGAAAGUUCAUCUUAUUUACACCUUAUUUACACAUGCACACACCACUAAGUACACACUUAAUACCACUAAAAUUUGUGUGGUUUACUCUAUAUUCCGUAUUUCAAACAAACUAAUCUCAGUUCAGAGGCUAGACAGAAACAAAUGGAAAGAAACUGGCACAAAUUUGUGAAAGAAAAUUGGCAAUAGGAAAUUGAUCUCAAACAAGUUUUGCUAAUGUCUGGUAGACUUCCCAGUAGAAAGUUGAAUCACUGUUCUGUUUCAGCUAGAAUCUUUCUGGGAAAACUCUCAUCAUUAUCGAAACUUUAUGUUCACUUUACUUUUAUAGUUAACCAUCAGGCAGCAGUUUUAAAGAUUUAAGCUCCAUAGAAUUGGGAAGUUAUCUUAAAGACUCUUUUCCCUAAACUUUGGCACAUUGGCACAUGAUUUUGUCCGAGGUGAAAUAUGGCAGCUGUAUGUGUCUAUACUGUGUCUGUCUACAAGAAAAGAAGUGAAAAUGCAGUGUUUACUUGAAAUUUUAACUUUAUAAGAAUUCUAAUUCAGCCGGAUCAGAAGUUAAUCUUAUUAUUUCCUUUUUUUUUUUUUUGAAAUUGAAAUUAAUAGGAUUUUCAAUACCAUCAAACCAUUUUGGAUUUUUGCACCCUCCCUAGACACCAGGCUUAUAAAAAGAGAGUUUUUUUUUUUUUUUUUUUUGGUAAACCAUCACCUUAGGGUCACAGAGUAAAAUUCCCCAACUGCUCUUUGUCCUUUCCAGCUAAGUACCAUAAAGAAGGUUCUACCAUAAUGACCCUUCAGAACUGGGAAAACUACCACAAGAUCUAAAGGUUUGGCUGUCCAUUAACCUUCAACUGUGGUCUUUAUUUCUUGUGGUGAAAUGAUGUGCCUUUCCUUGCCUAAAUUCCUUCCUGGUGUGUAUCAACAUUAUUUAAUGUCUUCUAAUUCAGUCAUUUUUUAUAAAUAUGUCUAUACACAUUGAACUUUAAAGAAUCUUAUUUAUUUAUUCCAUUGCUAUAGCAUUUGACAGAUUUAAAAAAAAAUGUAACUUAGUAAUUUCUUACCAUAUCCUAAAUCUGUCUUUUUUU